GUCAACAAAGAAGGAAGCUCCAUCCCUGCAGAAGCAGGAAGUAGAGUCCACCCAAGAUGACAUCUGUUAGUGAAAACACAGAGACCCAAGAUGAGAAAUCCCAGAUUUCUAGACCUUUGGAUUCCAAAUCCCUGAUUACUACUACCUCAGCUUCCCAGCUUUUAAAGCCUGAUUUGACUACUGAGGAACUGAUGGCAGAGGAACAGAAGUUUGACACUGUGUCAUCAUUUAUUUGGUCUGAUGAAGAUAAUGAUGAAAUACUGGAGACCAUAGACAAUGAUGAGCCAAAGGAGGAAGCCCCCACUGACCGACCAUCCUGGGCCAAUAAAAUCGAGUACCUCCUGGCCCAGGUGGGCUUUUCUGUGGGACUGAGCACCAUCUGGCGCUUUCCUUAUCUAUGUUUUCACAACGGAGGUGGCAGUUUUCUCAUCAUCUACAUCCUCAUGCUAUUCUUGGUUGGGGUUCCUCUUCUAUUCCUGGAGAUGGCAGCUGGUCAGAGGAUGCGUCAGGGCAGCAUUGGUGUAUGGAAGGUCAUCAGCCCCUGGAUUGGUGGUGUGGGGUAUACCAGCUUCAUGGUGAGGAGUCCUGGCCUGCCCAGGCCUACCCUUUACAUCCCACUCCCACCCCAACUGUUCCUUGUCCUGGGAUGGGUCCAAUGACUUCAUUUCUGUGGGUCAGGUCUCUUCACUUCCCCAGUCCUCUGGUCAAAUGCCUCCCUUCU